AUAAAUAUAUAAAUAAAAGUAUUUAGUCGCGAAGCGUCAGUCAGUCAGUCAUAUUGCUCUGCUCUAGUAUAACUACAAAAUGUCGAAGCCCUCGUACAAAGUUGCCGAUAUCAAACUCGCGGAAUGGGGCCGCAAGGCGAUCAUCAUUGCGGAGAACGAGAUGCCCGGUCUGAUGGCAUGCCGCAAGAAGUACGGACCCUCCAAAAUUCUGAAGGGUGCUCGCAUCACAGGCUGCCUGCAUAUGACUGUACAGACGGCGGUGCUCAUUGAGACCCUGGUGGAGCUGGGCGCUGAGGUUCAGUGGUCUAGCUGCAACAUUUUCAGCACACAGGAUCAUGCGGCAGCAGCUAUUGCCGCCACAGGAGUGCCUGUGUACGCCUGGAAGGGUGAAACCGAUGAGGAAUACAUGUGGUGUAUUGAGCAGACCUUGGUCUUCCCUGAUGGUCAACCUCUUAACAUGAUCUUGGACGAUGGCGGUGACUUGACCAACCUGGUGCACGAGAAAUUCCCACAAUAUCUGAAGGGUAUCAAGGGUCUGAGUGAGGAGACCACAACUGGUGUGCAUAAUCUCUACAAAAUGUUCAAGGAUGGUCGCCUGGCUGUGCCUGCCAUCAAUGUCAACGACUCUGUGACCAAGAGCAAAUUCGAUAACUUGUAUGGCUGCCGCGAGUCCUUGAUUGAUGGCAUUAAGCGUGCCACAGAUGUUAUGAUCGCUGGCAAGGUUUGCUGUGUGGCAGGCUAUGGAGAUGUGGGCAAGGGCUGUGCCCAGGCGCUGAAGGGCUUUGGUGGCCGUGUUAUUAUUACCGAAAUCGAUCCCAUCAAUGCGCUGCAGGCAGCCAUGGAGGGCUACGAGGUUACAACCAUGGAGGAGGCCAGCAAGGAGGCUUCCAUCUAUGUGACCACAACAGGCUGCAGCGACAUUAUUACCUCUGUCCAUCUGAACAAUAUGCCCGACGAUGCCAUUGUCUGCAACAUUGGUCACUUUGACUGCGAAAUCGAUGUCGACUGGCUAAACAAGAACUGCAAGUCGAAGGUGAAUGUCAAGCCUCAAGUGGAUCGCUAUACGAUGGCCAAUGGCAAGCACAUCAUUCUGCUGGCCGAGGGACGUCUGGUGAACUUGGGCUGUGCCCAUGGACAUCCCAGCUUUGUCAUGUCCAACUCUUUCACCAACCAAGUGCUUGCCCAGAUUGAGCUCUGGACCAAGGCCUCACAGUAUGCCGUUGGCGUGCAUGUGCUGCCCAAGCUGCUCGACGAGGAGGUUGCCAGUUUGCAUUUGGAUAAACUGGGCGUUAAGCUCACCACGCUCACAGACAAGCAGUCUAGCUAUCUGGGUGUGCCCAAGACAGGUCCCUUCAAGCCUGAUCACUACAGAUACUAAGCUGUACCGUGAGUAAGCACAACACAUGCUCCAAUAAAAUAAAAUACAAAAACUAUUUUCCCCAAA